AUGGCCGAGCCCUCCCUCAUCUCCCUCGACAUGACCCAGCACUUCCCCUUCCACUUCCGUCCCAAGCCGCUGAUGGCCGCCGUCGCCCGCGGCGUGCGCUUCGAGGUGUGCUACUCCCAGGUGCUCUCGGCGCCCGGGGGCCAGGGCCCGCCGGACGCCCGCGCGAGGGCACUCUUCAUCUCCAACCUCGCGUCGCUCCUCCGCGCGACAAAGGGCCGCGGCGUCGUCGUCAGCAGCGAGGCCAGGUCCGCGCUCGACCUGCGCGCGCCGGCGGACGUGGUGAACCUGAUGGCCGUAUGGGGGCUCGGCAGCGACAAGGGCACGGAGGCGCUGGGCGUGAACCCGCGCGGCGUGGUCGCGAACGAGGGGAUCAAGAGGACUGGCUUUAGGGGAGUUGUGAAUGUUCUUGAGGUCGGCGGCCGGGCGGAGGAUGAGGCCAAGAAGAAGGCCGAGGGGAAGAAGGACGGCAAAGCCAAGCAGGGCGGCGACAAGGGCGGCAACGCCCAGAAGCGCAAGACGCCUGAUGACUCGGGGGACAGCCCGCAGCCGACCAUCAGCAAGAGGCAGGCGAAGAAGUUGAGGUUAGCGCAGAAGGAAAAGGAGAAGGCGUCAUCGUAG